AUGAAGCCAAAAGUUAUUCCUAGAGUCAAAAUCAUCAGCAUGGGAAAUGCUGAAGUUGGAAAGAGUUGUAUAAUUAAGAGGUAUUGCGAGAAGAGGUUUGUUAAUAAAUAUCUAGCUACUAUUGGUAUAGAUUAUGGUGUAACUAGGGUAACUAUUAAAGAUAAAGAAGUCAAGGUCAAUAUAUUUGAUAUGGCUGGUCAUCCUAUAUUUUAUGAGGUUCGUAAUGAAUUUUAUCGAGAUACACAAGGAGCGAUAUUGAUAUAUGAUGUAUCAGAGAGAAGUAGUUUUACGGCCCUAGAUGAUUGGAUGAAUGAAAUGAAGAGUGAGAUUGGUAACCAUGGUGAUAUGGACAAUAUGAUUGUAUGUGUGUGUGCUAAUAAGAUUGAUAAAAAGAGGGUAGUGGAUGAAGUUGAAGGGCGUUUAUGGGCUAGUAGUCAUGGUUACCAUUAUUUCGAGACAUCUGCUCAAAGUGGAGAGGGUGUCAAUGAAUUAUUCAAGACAUUGUUAGAAGGAGUAAUAAAUACGAUAGAUAAUGGCGGACAGAAGUUACCGACGGUUACCCAGCUUGGUUACAGUAAAGAACAGAUAGAUGCCAUACAGAGGCUGAAAAAUUCAAAGUCAGAUUACGAACGUCUGGGUUUAACGACGUCUGCUACAAAAGAUGACGUAAACAAAGCGUAUAGGAAACUGGCGGUAUUACUACAUCCUGAUAAAAGCGUGGCGCCAGGAAGUGAGGAGGCAUUUAAAUUACUAGUCGCAGCACGGACUAAUUUAUUGAAGCGAUGCUAGUUUUGUUUUUAAAAGCGUGGACAAAAAUCUCACACAGGCUUUUUAGACAAUGCACCAUUUAUCUUAUCUAAAAUAGCUUAAAGAGAUACAUUCACAAACUGUUUGAACAAUCGUACCUUAAUCUCAGAAACAGGUAUUUUUUAGCUAAACUAAUCAGUAAAAGUGUUCGCAUUUUCACCGCCAAAUUUGCAUUGAAAUCCAUGUGUGUCCAGAAUUAUCUGCGUUUGAAUAUUAAACUGACUAGUGGUUUUUCUUUUAAAGACACUGCCAUAUAUAGACAAGACAUAUAUAGAAAAAGAAAGUAAACUUCUUAGUUAGAGAUAUUUUUGAAGGGAUUAUGCCAUUUUCGUACAAUUCUAGUCCUUCUGAGGACUAUUUAUAUUAUAUUCAAGAUCUAAAUCUACCCCCAAAAAAGCUGACAAUCAAGGAAACAAACACACUUUGUAAGCAAAGCACUUGUUUGCCCAUAAGCUUAAUAGAGUUACUCCCCUUAUUAUCAUUUGUGUCUUAUUAUUAAUCCGUCCAUGUAAUUUUGUUCUAAGAAACUACUCAAUCAAUCGAAAGUUAUGUAACGGCUGUGUACAUAUUCAUUUAUUUAACAUAUUAAAGGGAAGAAAUUGU